AUGGCAUCACCAACUAAAAUCCAAUUCAUAGAACAAGCUCUCUCUUCUGAUAGUCCUUUCAACCUCUCAUAUUUAGAUCCAAACCAAAAAUGGGUGAUUCGAAAUCACCUCCUUUCGUUUCUCCAAGAUUUUCCCAAUUUCACUCCCAAUUUUGGCACCUUCGUCCACAACGACGGCAUGGCAGUCAACCUCUUGUGCGUCACCGGAGAACUCCGCAUCUCUGCAACUCCCAACACACCUCUUGUUCCCAUCACAAUCUGGCUCCACGAAAACCACCCUUUCAUGGCUCCAAUCGUCUUCGUCUCCCCAAAUUACAACGACCGAAUUCGCAGUGAUCACCCAUUCGUCUACCUCUCUGGCUCCACCACCUGUCCCUAUCUCCAGACUUGGGCUCACCCAAGGUCUUCUCUCCCAGUCUUAGUCCGGAACCUCACAAGACUUUUCACCCACGAUCAUCCCUUAACACAGUACUCUCCGGCGGCGGUGCAAACAACGGGCUCAGGCAGCGGCGGAAUAAGCUCAGGUUUCGCACACCCUUCGAGGGUCUCGAAGCGCGAGGCUCUUGAUCGACUCGCCGGGGCUGCUUACUACGACGUGGCGAAUUUCAAGGCUGGAGCUCAGCGUGAGAUCGAGGAGUUGAGGAAGUUGAGAGCGGAAAUGAGGAAGAGGGUGGAAUUUGGGGAGAGAAUGAUUGGUGGGUUGGAAACAGAGAAAGAGGAAUUGAAGAACAGAGGAUCGGAGAUGGCUGAGCAGGCGGAUGUGGUGAGGAAUUGGCUGAGGUUUAAUGAUCGGGAGGAGUUGGUGGCGGCGAUUGGUGGGGAUGAAAUCGAGAAAGCUUUCGAGAUUGUUGAGUGUGAAUCGGUUUUGGAGUGCUUGGCUGGUGAUACAGCGAUUGAGGAUACGAUUUAUGCCAUGGAUAAGGGGAUUGAAAUGGGACUGAUGAGCUUCGAAAGCUAUGUUAAGCAGAUCAGAAGUUUGGCCAGAGAGCAGUUUUAUAAAAGAGCUUUCCUACUCAAAUUCAGAGAUUCUAACGUACUUCGAUGA